CCGCGGCACGGUGCGCUUCGCUGGCACGACGAGCUUUGCGAAGGGCAACUGGGUCGGCAUCGAGUAUGACGAGCCGUGCGGCAAGGGCAAUGGCAGCGUCGCCGGCGUCGAGUACUUCAAGGCGCGGAAUCAGCACGCCUCGUUUGUGCGGCCGGAGCGCGUGCGGGUAGGCGACUAUCCCGAGCUCGACAUUGCGGAUGAGCUGGGCCUCGACGACGACGAAGAAAUGUAGGCUGUGCUACGUCUGGUCCUGAGCCGUGCGCGGGUGAAGACAGGGAGGCGCAGCAUGUCGGAGUUCGCACGACCGCUUGCUGCUUCCUCGCAAAUCUUCCGGACUGCCUCGCGGCCGCAAGCACGUCCGGACGCCGGCUGUGCAUGCAGCCGUCGGGAGCACAUGAGGGCACCCACAGCGCACGGUACAGCCCACCUUUUCCACGCAACAUCCUGCCAGCAUGACCUCUGCAAGACGUCAGGGCGCAGAGAGGCAUGGGUGGCGAGCUACGGCAUGCCAAGCCAGCGGCGAGCAGCAUGGUGCGUCCGAAGCGUCGUGGCGAAUGUCGCGCAUGCUGCAGACGCUUCGACGCACCUGCUGCCUCCUCGCCUUGCGCGUGGGGCGUCGGCAUCUCGACGUCGCCCGACGGCGAGCCACCUGGCACACCAUCAUCAUCAGGCGCGGCACCGAGCCGUGCUGACGGCAGCGCUUGGCCCCAAUCACCUGCAACCUCUGAUGCUGGCCCGAUGCGACGCUCGCCUGCCGGCGGCAGGACACCGGCUCGCGAGUCGCGAGCACCUCCUGAAUGCCGCAGCGCGGCCGCGUUCGAGGUGCUCUUCGCAUGUCCAGUCAGAAGUCUGCGACGCUGCUUGCUCGGCAGGCGCCAUGCUGAGGCCGUGCCGCAGUCGCUUCUCUUGUCUCUUGCUGCCGCUUAGCUGCUGCUCAAGUGCGCUUCCGCAACCCGAGCAGUGCAGGCGUCUCCGAAGGUGCGCUAGCGUCCUCGCCAUCUGCAGUGCGGGAGGAGUGGCUUGCAGCAGCGUGCAGCGGUGCGGUGCCGCCUCGGCGCUCGGAGCGGCAGCAUCGCGUCACUUGACAGACGAGACGUGCGGGCGAACAGAGCGCCAGCACGACGGCAGAGGAGGGCGGCCGUAGACGCCGCAGCACAGCUGCUCGUCUGCCUCACCCCCCUCCCAGAGCAAGCUGCGGCUUAACUGCACCUCGCCAGCGAAGCGCUCGCUCGGAGAUGCGGCC